GUUGUUGCGUGGCAUCUGUGACAGGCACACCACGCCGGGCUCACUCCGCACCUUGAUUGUGCACUCAUUCCGUUUCGCCGCAGGAGCUCAACACUGCACAGAGACACUGAUUCGUCUCAAAUGUGAGAUCCGAUGAGAGAAAUGUGAACGUGAAUUAGUGCUGCGGUUUUUGUUUUUAUGUUUGUUUUCCCCCCCUUCGUGAUGUGUUGGGAGAUUUUCCUAUCGUUUCUGAUUUAAUUUCGACUCUCCCUUAGUUCAUAUAUAAAAAUUAUAAAGGGCCAACAGAGAAAAAAAAGAGGGAAAGAGAAAGAUUAAGAUAGAACAACAGGCGUGCUUUAUCACCACCAGUGCUGCUUGGGUGUACAAACUCUACGCGAUCUGUUGUAUCACCAGAAGACCGGACGCGUCAAGUUAUCAGGUCUGGCUUGACGGUUGCCCACGCGGAGGAUAGAUUGAGAAGACAGCUGACGGGUCGCUCGAUACAUUUCCAGGAACCAGAGGCAUGACUCCCGGCCGCCCUGUGACCCGUUGCUGAGGCGUGGAGACCGUCACAGAGCCGGGGGUCACACGCACGCACACACGCACGCGCACACACAGGCCACCGACAACUCCCAGAGCCUGCACGUACAAGGCCAUAGAACCAUGUUGCACCGCCCUCGCUGCACCUUGCAAUAAGCCAUGUUAGACGCAGGCCAGGCAUCUCCGUAGACAACAAUGAAAGGCGGAGAGAGAGCGGUGUGCAGAAAGCCAUGCAACAGAGGCACCGGCAGGGAGAGGAGGUGUGCAUAGGCCUAUAUUCCGCGCCGAUGAAAGUGGCAGGGGAGGCGAACAUGAAAUAGUGUCGUUGUGUGUAUGAGACUCUCGCCCUUGUGCCGAGGUGGAAUAAAGGCGAAAUAACGAUGGUUGGGUCCCCGCCAUGGGAUGUGGACGAAGCACACUUGGCAGCGAUAGUCCAAAGAAGAGAAAAAAGAAAGACCUGUGUUUAUGUUUGGCAGAGGCGGAUGGCGAGUGCGAGAGCGACAGUGAUUCCGGGAGCAACAGCAGCAGCAGAAAACAGCAGCACGGGCAGCAGCAGCAAUUGAUCAACAAAUUUGUCCCUUUCGGAGCCGGAGGCCCGCUGCUGGCGCAGGCGAAGAUCUCGGACAGCCAGCAAGAUUUCUUCAUGAUGCUGGACGAGAAAAUUGAAAAUGGACCAGAUUACGACUCAGAGACCGAAGAGGUGGACCGUCGCCGCCGUCUGCAGGAGUACGCCGAGCAGUGGAUGGUCCUGACGCAGGGCAGGAUUCUUAGCCCCAACAACACCACCAUGCUGAGAGUCGCCCCUGGCAAAGCCGGUUCCUCGUGAGUAUCUCUUGUAGAACGAACAAUCUAAGCCAGGAAGGGACAGAUUGAGGAGUGGCUUGGCUUUGGGCAUUUCCACCAGAGUGACCGAAAGAAACAGAGUAAAGAAAAGAUAUUGGAGAAAAAAGAGGCAAAGCAAAAUCCAAAAAAAAAAAUUAAUUGGAAAGAAAUCUCAAGGGGUCAGUCAGUCUUUCGUU